GAAAGACUGCAGCGUUUGGAGCAGCGGCUGUCGGGGCUGCACGCGGGUUUGGAGCGGCAGCGGCAGCAGCGUUUUCAGCACACGCAGCGACGGGUAGAUGGCUUGGAAGCUGCUGUUUCUGCUGCUGAGGCGGAGACCCACACAGCGCUGGACAGCCUCAAGAGCCGAGUUGCUGCUGCAGCACAAGUGCUGCUGCAGCAGCAGCAGCGGGCAGAUGAAGAGCAGCAGCAAGCCGAAAGAUACACGCAGGAAAUGGCCAAGAGGUUGCAGCAACUGCUGCAGUCAGAGCAGCGGGCACUGCGAGACGCAGAAGCCUCGCUGCUGCAGGCCUUUGAGAAGAGGGCCUUGGCUUUAAAGUCUGAAAUUCUCCAGGAAAACCAAUUGAGGCAAGAACAAGAGGCCAGCAUAGUGCAGUACUGCGAGGUGGAAAUCCCAAAGCUGCGAGAGGCCCUGCAGGCUGAAGUGCGGGAGCGGGAGGCUAUGGAGAACAGAAUUGUGCGGGAAGUCGCCGAGCAAAUGCAGCGCCUACAGAGUCUUAUACAACAGGAAAAAGAAUCCAGAGAAAAGUAUUUAAAUUCUCUUUUGGGAUUGAUGGAAGAAGUUGUGCAAGAAGUGCAAAAAGAUAUAAAGCACCAGCAGCAGCAGCAGCAAAUGAGUGAGUCAUCUUUGGUGGCUUUAAUGGAGCAAACAGUGGAGAGAAUUGCUUCUGCAAUUUGA